AUGAAAGUGCUCCUAUUCCUGAUUGCUCUGAAAGUAUGUAGGAUUACAGCAAGCAAUUUUUUGUGGAAAGAGGUUUCAUUUCCUACUAAUGCCUUCGAUGAUGAUGAGGCAGAAGCCCUACCAUGUGAGGCAAGCAAAGAUAACUGCCACUGUUGCCUGAUGGUGCAGAAAGUGGACAAUGCAAGAAAGAAGCUGUUUGAAAAACUGAACGCUCUGGAGGCGGAUUUCAACCAAACCCAAGCCACUUACUUGGAGAUGAAAACUAAACAGUCUGCUUUCACCGCUGCAUUGAACGAAGACGCUACAAACAUGAAUUGCGUGGGCCCCUUUGAUUCUGUCAGAACCUUGGCAUACAAAAAAGUCUUCACCAACGUUGGCGAUGAUUAUAACCCAAACACCGGGAUUUUUACCGCUCCCUACAACGGCGUCUACAGCGUCACGGUUACAGCCUAUCAUGAUGCCGGAGAGAACGAGAAAUCCUGCGUGAGUGUGUAUGUGAACGGUGUGAAGUAUGCCACUGCUGAGGAUAACCACUCCAACGACCACGAAGACACCAUGACCAUCACUUUUGCGAAAUCGCUGAAUGUCGAAAUAACAUCAACCAUGAGUGUGGAGUCCAGUUUAUUCCUGCUGGGGGCGCUGUCUCUCUUUGCUCUGGUGCAGGGCCUCACACUGGAGGAGUUGAAGCUAGAAGCAUUGUCUUCAAAUAACGCAGCGCUGACGUGUGGGGCUAAUGAACUGAACUGUGAGUGUGCCUUCAAAAAGGAGAAAGGCUGCUGCUGUGGAGUGGAGGACCUGUACCAGACGGAGAAUGAUGUCUAUAGCCGUCUGAAGGUUCUCUACAUGAAGAUCCAACAACUCGAGACUCAAGUGCAGUCGCUGACAACUGAGGGGAAAAUCGCGUUCCAGGCGCGUCUGGAAAGUGGUGUCGCUGCAGGCUCUUGCUAUGGGCCCUUCAACACCGACGUGCCCAUCCCACUGACAGACGUCCUCCUGAACGACGGCAACAUAUACAACAAACACCUGGGAACUGCAACUGCACCAAGGAAGGGCGUCUACCUGGUUUCAUUCACUAUAAAAUCAAUGGUUGGAGAGACUAUUCUCCUGUAUCACAAGGUUGACCUGAUGGUGCAGGGAGAGCGUACAGUUUCUGUCAUGGAGAACAACAGACAGGAUGGACUGGACUCUGCCACUCAGAUGGUGACUCUCCUAUUGAAUAAAGGAGACCAGGUUUACCUACGCCUGGUGUCGGGGCGAAAAAUCUGCUCAACUUUCGGUGGAAAUUUAUUCAGCAUGUCUCUGCUCUUCACGGUCGAUGAUGGCGCCGGUACGACCCCACAGUAA